UGUUGUGAUAAACUUAUUAAAUAGAUAGUUUUGAAUGUCGCUGACUACUAAAAUCCUGCUCGUGGGUCCCCAAAAUGCGGGAAAAACAGUCCUAGCCAAGUACAUUUUCAGUAGAGAUGCUGAUGACCUGGGUUUCCUAGAGAACAACAUGGAAGAAAAGGAGUUCGAGGCCUUUAAGAUGGAUCUAGGGUCUGAAGGAGACGUUUCCACUUACCCUCUAAGGAUUCAUGAGAGGAAUAUUGAAGAUUUCCAGCUCUCCUCGGGUGCAGUUGUGAGUGUGAAUGUGCAAAUAUGGGAUGUGAGUGGAGACCUGGAGAGGAUGAGGGACAAGUUGGAGGUGGUCUGUGGCAACGCACUUGGGGCUGUGUUCGUCUACAAUCCAGGCAGACAGGGACACGGAGAACUACUGGAUCAGUGGUUCCGCGAAUUAGAGAACCUGCUUCCCUCCUCGGCCGAGAAGAUCCUCUACCCGUACAAGAUGCCAGACCAGAAACAGAAUAGCAGGGCAGUGCAUCCCAAACUGACGAGUAGAGUGAGGACAGUCGAGGACUGCAAUGCGUACGAGAGGGAUUCGAUUAGAAGAAUGCACACGGAGUUCAACCAGAUGUUACGCAAGGUGGUGGACAGACAAUACACGAGAAGAGAGAAACAGGAGAGAUCUCUCAUGAACACGAACAACUACUGAAUAGUCAAGUUUAACCGAAGGAUUCAGUCUGUGCAAUUGUCAAAUAGACCAAAAAAGAAGUUAGAAAGCGGAUUGUAUAAAGCUGAUUACUUGUAAAUAGUGUAGUUUUUUGUAUCAAUUACGAUGUAAAUGACGUAAAAUGUAAUUUAAAACUGAUUCGA